GAUCGCACUGCGGCUAGGCGGUAUCUUGAGCGAACACACGAAAACCAUAGAGAGGGAAAGUGGGCUUCCGGGUUUCCCAUUGACGGACGGCAUGCGCACGCAUGCGCAGUGGUGUAGCACAGAUCCCGGUGAAACGGCAACAUGGCGGACCUUGAACCUAGAAAGAAGAUACCUCUGGUGCCAGAAAAUCUACUGAAGAAAAGAAAGGCUUACCAGGCCAUCAAGGCCACUCAAGCAAAGCAGGCACUGCUAGACAAGAGAAAGCACCAAAAAGGAAAACAGAUUAGAUUCAAACGCCUUGAGACAUUUCUACGGGACUCGCAUCGGAAACAUAGAGACGAUGUUCGCCUGCGGCGCAUGGAAGAAAAGCCAGGGGUGAUGCUGAUGCCUGAGGGACACAAGUUGGCGAUUGCUGUACGGAUUGCAGAAAUUAAAGGGGUGAGUCUGCGAGUGCGGCAUGUCAUACAGCGGCUUCGACUGAGAAAGAUUUACAGUGGCACGUUCGUUAAAUUGUCGCCAGGAUCACUAAAAAUGCUACGGACUGUGGAACCUUAUGUGGCGUGGGGCUAUCCCAACUUGAAAUCUAUUCGAGAACUGAUCCUGAAACGAGGCCAUGGAAAGAUCAACAAGAAGAAGGUUGCUCUGACUGACAAUGUUCUGAUAGAGGAGCAUCUGGGAAAAUAUGGUAUCAUCUGCCUGGAAGACCUUAUUCAUGAAAUCUAUUCUGCUGGGAAAUACUUCCAUGAAAUCAAUAACUUUUUAUGGCCAUUCCACCUCUCAGUGGCUCGCCAUUCAGCACGUAAUAAAGUGGGUUUCCGCAAAGAGGUUGGCAAUACUGGAUUUCGAGGCAAUGGGAUUAACCAGCUCAUUCGUCAUUUGAAUUAAACCCAGAAGUCUUUAUGAACAUUUUUGAAGAGGUUCGGGAAGAUACUUGUCUGUACUCUAUGAUGUACAUCUGAUCUCCAGAGACUCCUGGGACUAUGCAGCAUGACAUUACAUCUGUUCAUUCUCUCUCUCUCUCUCAUGUUGUGUGAUGAGAACAAAGGCGAUGGCACAACAGACCUCAAAUGAAUGGGAAGAUAUCCAAUAUGUGACUUAAAUGCUGCAAUCAAAUGGUUAUCCUGUGCAUUGCAUGCAAUGGGGAACUAAUGGGAAAAGGGACUCGUAAAGUUUCAUUUGUGAGGCCUCUGUUUGCAACCCCUGCCCCCCAAUUGAACAUAUACCUGAAAAGACAAUGUGAAAGCAUUGCCAAAUAGCUUCUUGUGUGGAGUUUCAUUAUCAUUUUUAUUCAUAAGUAAAGUGGAAACAUUUGGGCCUCUAAGUUGUUUUCUUUAAUACAUUUGGAGUCAAGGAGCAAAUUGUUGGCAUAUACCCGGAAAUAAGAAACCAAAUACAACCUAAAUCUAGUGAAGUGCUUGGGCGGCAUGACUGAACUAAGCAAGUCUUUUCCCUUUUCCUCAGUCUUUGGUCAGCUGAUGCCUUAACUUCACUUACGCUGGACUUCUCAGUGGCUGGCCCCCUUCACUAAAAGAAUGGUAAUCUUGGCCCUGAUUUUUUUUUCCCCAUGUAAAGACUAAAAUAAAAAGAUUUAACAUUU